AUGGUCAAUGCGAGUGAAGAAAGAUUUCCCCUACCCGAGCACCCCAAUUACAUACUCCAAUACCGCUCCAUAACGCUCAACCCCGACGACCCCAUCCGCAUCCUCGAUCCCACCCACCUCUCUAACGCCUGCGACGACGCCUACGCCACGAUCAACGUCCUAAUCCACAUCCACGGCCCGCAAUGGCCCUUUCGCAAAAAUGGCACUGCGCCUGACAGACCUAAUGAGGAAGGCAUCUUCAAGUCCAACCUUAUCAAAAUCGAAUUUGAGGAAUUAUUGGAUACGCCGACGACGCUGGAGGUCGCGCAGUGGGUUUUGGUGGGGAUGAAGGAGGCGGUGGAGUUGAGAGGGUAUGUGCAGGAAGCGGCGAUUACGGUUACGAGGGUGAGUGCGCCGUGGGGGUUGCCGCAGCUGAUUACGCUGGUGAAUAUGGUGGGCGAGGAUACGGUGAUUCCUGGUGGUGGGGAAGGGGGGGAAGGGCAGGCGGCGAGGGUGGUGGAAAAUGCAUGA